AUGUAUACAAAUGUGUCGUCUUCUGUUUUACUGUCACUGGCACCACUGGGUAUAUCUGAUGCAAGCAUAUACCCAGCCUUUUUGUUUGGGACUAUAACGUAUCUGUUAAUCAUGUUUUUCAACUUGUUGGUGUUAGCAGCUAUUGUUGUGACUAAAAAGCUGCACAAGCCCAUGUUCAUCCUGCUGUUCAACCUGCCGAUUACCGACAUGAUUGGAGCCACGGCUUUUUUCCCUCAUCUCCUUUACAGCAUAGUGACUCAGGACAGACAGAUUUCCCAGCCCGCGUGUAUAACUCAGGCUUUCCUCAUUCACUUCUACGGCACGGGGAACUGUCUGAUCUUGAGCUCCAUGGCGUACGACAGGUACGUCGCCAUUUGUUGUCCUCUGAGGUACAACGCUGUCAUGACUCCACAUAACUUAAUUAAAAUCAUCACUUCAAUAUGGCUCAUUACUUUCUCGUUCAUCGUCGCGUUGAUUUUGUUGCUCGCGCGGUUCAAAAUGUGCAAGACGCACGUAGUGGAUUUGUUCUGCAACAAUCCGUCAUUACUGAAACUGGUGUGUGACGACAUCAGAGUGAACAACUCCUACGGACUGGUGAUCAUGUGCUUGAUUCAAGGUGGAACUCUGGGAAUAAUAAUAUACACAUAUCUACAGAUUUUACGCACAUGUGUCAUGACCAAUCAUCCAGAUGCUCGGAGGAAAGCCAUCCAGACGUGUGGCUCGCAUUUGGUGGUUUUCCUGUUCUUACAGUUCAACACUGUCAUUACACUCAUUGCUCAUCGGAUUGAGAGCGCAUCGCCGUACAUGAGAAGGGUCCUCGGCGUGUCGGUCGUUAUAUUUCCCCCCUUUUUUGACCCCAUCAUAUAUGGAUUAAAAAUCACAGAACUGAAGCAGAGCAUAAAAAGGUUCCUCAGGAGAAGUGUAGUUUCAAUCAAGGGGUGA